CCCUGUGCCGGUUACCGGCGCUCACCGGCCGCUGCCGCGCCUCCAUCCCGCGCUGGUUUUUCAACGCCUCCUCCGGGAGCUGCGAGAGUUUCGUGUUCGGCGGCUGCGGCGGCAACGGGAACAACUUCGGGAGCGAACGGCAGUGCCGGGAACGGUGCGGGGACACCGGUGAGAACCGGGGGACACCGGGAAUGGGACCGGGGAACACCGGGGGACACCGGGAGGGAGCGGGGAACACCGGGAAUGGGACCGGGAACAACUUCGGGAGCGAACGGGAGUGCCGGGAGCGGUGCGGGGACACCG